UGCCAACCUCCAUUCCCACAGCCUGUUCUCCUCCACUCACUCUCCCCCUCUCCUCUAUCAGCUGAUGCCUGAAAAAUGCCACUACUGCCCAGGAAGUGCUCAGGAAGAUAAUGGUCAUCGUGUGGUAAUGCUACGGAUGGACUCAGGCUUCGGUUAGGUGACGUCAUCCACUGUCUAGCAGGUGAAAUACAGAAGAGGAGAUGGCGAAUCAAGGCAGCGGGCAAGCCUGGGGAAAACUGGUGAAAGUAGAUGCAUCUCCAGGCUCUGAAAUAUUGCUCAUAAAUAAGGAAUGCACAGUGGGGAGAAGAAAAGGCUGUGACCUCUCAUUCCCUGCUAAUAAACUGGUCUCAGGGGAUCACUGCAAAAUCACUCAAGAUCAGAACUCAGGAAAGGUGUGGCUGGAGGACGUGAGCACCAAUGGAACAGUGAUCAACAUGUCCAAACUAGUGAAGAAACAGACGCACUUACUGCAGAAUGGUGAUGUCAUUUACUUUGUGUACAGGAAGAACGAGCCAGAACAGAACAUUGCUUAUGUUUAUCAGGCCAUCAGGCCACAGAAAAGUGCCUCACAGGACGUUGAAGAUGUGGGGAGAGAAGAAGAAUCUGAUCUGACCGAAACAGAGAGUGAACCAGCACCAGUGGAGCCUGUUAUUGUGAAGCCUCUACCUCAGACUGGGCAUGAGGAACCUCAGCCAUCUACCUCCACCUCUUCCUUCCACUUCUUCAACAUGUUCUUAUCCACACGCUCUGGUAAUGGCUGUCCGCACUGUUAUGAAAAUGAAAAGCAUGUUGAGUCAUCAGGCUGUUCCCACAAUACCCCAGCAGGCAACCCAAGGGAGGCAGUCUUAAAUCACCCCUGCUUGAAGAGAACUUACUGGACUGACGGAGGGCAGCAGAUGCUGAUGGAGAUGGAAACAGAGAGGAAAAGAAGAAAAACUGAGAGAGAUUAUCAGGAUCGAUUUGAAAUUGCUUGCACUGACUCUGCUGCUGCUGCAGUGGUUCCUCAGGUAGAUCUCAGAGGAGCAGCGGGGAAAGAGAAAACUGAGGGAGCCAAAACAGACAAGAUGGAAGAGUCCCUCACUUGCAUCAUCUGCCAAGACCUGCAGCAUGAUUGUGUCAGUCUUCAGCCCUGCAUGCACACAUUUUGCGCUGCCUGUUAUUCUGGUUGGAUGGAGCGCUCCUCUCUCUGUCCCACCUGUCGCUGUCCUGUGGAGAGGAUCCGUAAAAACCAUAUCCUCAACAACCUUGUGGAGGCAUACCUUCUUCAACACCCAGAGAAGUGUCGCAGCAAAGAGGACUUGCACAGUAUGGAUAUUCGAAAUAAGAUCACACAAGACAUGCUGCAGCCUAAGGUUGAACGCUCAUUCUCAGACGAGGAGGGAAGUUCAGACUAUCUGUUCGAGCUCUCAGACAAUGACAGUGACACCUCUGACAGUCAGCCCUACAUGAUGUGUCGGCAGUGUCCGGGCUAUCGUACAGAGCUUAGUUCUGCCCUGUGGAUCUGUGAGCCGGCUCGAUUAGAGGCGCCAGCUAAAGUGCCUGGAGAUGAACCCUCUACAUCCUCUGAAACUGCCACAGCUCCUCAGGAGUUCAGGUGUCCUCCUCAGGGCAGUCACCUCAUCUGCACCUGCUGCCUGCAGCCCAUGCCUGACAGACGCGCAGAGCACCUUCCCCCACAGAUGUCCCCUCAACACUGUAUGGUGUGCCAGAAGCCUUUCUGUCAUGUGUACUGGGGCUGCAAGCGGAUCAGUUGUCAUGGUUGCCUUGCACGUUUCAGUGAACUCAACCUUACUGAUAAAUGUCUGGAUGGAGUUUUGAAUAGCAAUCAGUAUGAGUCAGAAGUCCUUCGGAAUUAUUUGACUUCUAGAGGAAUUACCUGGAGGCAUAUGCUACAGAAAGCACUUCAGGCAGUACAACAAGGCCAGUACCAUUUAACAGAUUACAGAAUUACUGCUAACUCCUUCCUGUGCUACUGUUGUGGACUUCGCUCUUUUAGAGAGCUUGCAUACAAAUACAGAGAGCACAUUCCUCCAUCAGAGUUGCCAGAUGCUGUGACCGCCAGACCAGACUGUUACUGGGGACGCAACUGUCGGACUCAAGUGAAAGCACACCACGCUAUGAAAUUCAACCACAUAUGUGAGCAGACACGCUUCAAGAACUAAGACGACGGGAACAAUGUUCGAUUCUGUAGCAGUUUUUGAAAGGAUAAAAAGCUCAGUGGCUACAUUAUUAUUCCAGUUUCUCUCAAACUGAUGUCUUCUGGGUAACAAAUCUGCAGUAAGCAGGUGUUAUACCUAUUUUCUCCUCUAAAUGGCAGUUUCUAGUCAAGCCAUUUACAUUUGCAAAGUCAAUCAGCUGUAUAAUAACCCAAGCAUCCUUUAGAUAAACAGUUGUCAGCAUGUGGAUAUACUUUAUCUGGAUCUGCACUUUGUUUCAUGUUGCAUCUCUAAUUUUAAUUGUGAAACAAGACAAAGCAGGCAAUCAACACAGUAGCUGAUGCACUGUGAAAAUGUUCGUUUUUCAUGCAAAAAACUGUGUAUUAGCUUGAACAUUAUACAGUAUACAAUUAAGAAAUGUUUUAAUCAACUAACCUUUGGUGCCUCAGAGUUGACUGUCAUAUAAAAACCAGUGCUUCCAUUCAUUUUUGGGGUUUCACUUUACAGUAAGUUUGUAUACGUUAACAUUUGUCAGUGCAAUAAUUAACAUGAAAUAACAAUGAAGAAUUAUUUUACAGCAUUUAUUACAUAUGGCUAAAGCUAAUUUCAGUAUAUUCUUUUACUUUUAUUUUUAUCAUUAAAGGAAUAAUUCACCCAAAAAUGAUA